AUGCCAACAGAUCACGAGGAGCCCUGUGGCCCCAGUCUCAGGUCAUUUUGCCUGAAUGGGGGGAUAUGUUAUGUGAUUCCUACUAUUCCCAGCCCAUUCUGUAGGUGCAUUGAGAAUUACACAGGAGCUCGUUGCGAAGAGGUUUUUCUCCCAAGCGCCAGCAUCCAAAGCAGAAGUAACCUGUCGGCAGCAAUCGUGGCCCUGGCGAUCCUACUCACGCUAGCCAUUGCAGCGCUCUGCCUUCUGUGCAGGAAGGGCCACUUUCAGAGGGCCAGUUCAGUCCAGUGUGAGAUCAGCCUGGUGGAGAGAAACACCGGCGCCCACCACAGUCACAGAGAUCACUGAAGGCACGCCCAGUGAAGGGCACUAUUGUGGUCACCUUACACAGGCAGAAAGUAAACUGCACGGUGAGAGAAGGUCACCGAGUCUCCUUCCCUAAACAGCUCUCCUGUUCCCAAAUUCAACUCUCCCUCUCCCCGUGGACCUGUGACAACCACUGAUGUCUUCACUUCGUACUUUCCGGACUCUGGCGCUGCAGUCAUACGAUUUGCAGCACAAACCACUUGUCUUUCAAUUUUAAACAAAACUGAGAAAACUACGGUAAGAAGAUUCCUACUGGACACGCCCCUCAUACCCUUCACAGGAGCAUUCUGCCGCUGAACCGUUUCUGCACUCCAUGCUAAGGUUCCACUCCCUUUCCCUUGGACCAAAGGGAUGGAAAUGUAUUCCUGGAGGCAGCCCUUCUGAACAAACUAGAGCCCCCACUGCAUUUUCACUUGGCGGUGUAGAGAAGUCGAUGAUUUCAAAGCCUUGCUGCUGGCGAUCUCCUGAGCCUCGACUGAGAGGCAGCUCGGAGCAGCAUCACAAGGAGGACCAGUGCUGUAAAAUUUAUCAACAGGCGGUGCUGAAGGAGCCUAACGCUGAUGUUCUUAAAGAACAAUAAAUACAAGUUUAGUUUUUUGACUGCAAACAGAAUUGUGUUCAGUAAGCCUCUUGGCAACAGGAAAAUUGAAUGAAUUGGUACAUUAGAAAUUCCUUUUCUAUUUUUUGAGACAGGCUGUCACUUUGUAGCCUUGUCUGGCCUGGAAGUCAUCAGUGUAGACCAAGCUGAUACUGAAUUCAAGAAAUUCUCCCGCCUCAUAGUACUGGCAUACUAUACCACACUGAUUCCUCAGAUUUGUUGUAAGAACCUGAAGUCGUUUCCAUUCACCCUGGGAGAAAAGCAAAGUGCACAGGCUUACU